CCCAUCACACCAUCAUAAACGUCGCCAAAGAUGGCAAGCAAGACGUCCGCAGUGGCAGACGAGCCAAUUGAGGUGCUCAUUGCCCUGCAUGACAAGUUCGACCUCAUGGACUUUGCUGGGCCGCUCGAAGUCUUGACGACGGCCCUGCACGAUGCGAAGGAUCCCAGUUCCAAGGCCUUCGAUGUUACCAUCGCGGCAGGCGAGCCUAAGGUUCUUUCGGAGCAGGGUGUCAUCAUUGGCUCCCAGUGCUCUUGGAAGGAGGCCCACGAACGUCUCAACGACUUUGACGUCCUCAUCGUCAUUGGAGGCAACAGCGCAGCGAUUCUGGAAAAGAAGGCUGAGCCGCUUAACCUCAUCACAGCCUAUGCAGAGCUGCAGAAGAACGACCCCAGCCGCGAGCGCACCCUGCUCUCCGUCUGCACAGGCUCCUUGUUCCUGGCAAAGGCGGGCAUUCUCUCUGGCCUUUCUGCCACGACCCAUCCCGACUUUAUUACCACGCUCGAAAUCUUAUGCAGCAGGGUGGUCAUCGAGGGCAAGGGCGACCACACCGAUGUCAUUGAAGACGCCCGCUAUGUCGUGAACAAUCUGCGCUUUGAGCUCGGAGAUGAGGACGAGAAUCCCUACGUUCGGCGCAAGUCGGAUGCUGGCCGGCGCCCAUCCAACGCCCGGAAGGGUUCGAUGUCGUUCAAGGGUGCCUCGCGUCGCGAGUCGAUUGCCCGCCGCGCCGCGAUGCGCCUCGGUGGCCUCCGUGUUAUCACAGCUGGCGGUGUGUCAUCUGGCGUGGAUGCAGCUCUCUACCUGGUCAGCAUCCUGGUGGAUGAGGAGUCGGCAAAUGAAGUCGCCCGCUUCAUGCAGUGGACAUGGACCAAGGGUGUCGUGGUGGAUGGUCUUGACGUGUAGAAAUAAACUGGUAUGGCGUUAGACUCCCAGGACAGCACCGCGCAGCAACUGGGAACUGCCGGCAUUUGCUUAUGUUUGGAACUGAAGAACAGUGAUUGUAGAGGGCCAGCUACAAUUGCGAAGCGAAAUUCGUAUCCGUACUUUUACGACAUGAGCUGCUUCCGAGUUCAAAAUGCUACUGUUUGAAAAGGAC